GUCCAUUUUACAUUAAAACUUCACAUGAUAAGGUGUCUGGUUAAAAAAAGGUUGAGCGACUGUCAAAUUUUCAUUGUGACCCAUUUCAACUUGAAAAAUUAAUGGUUUAUUUUCACUUACGUAGAAAGUAACUCUAAGAGAAAGUAUUUACAAAUUUUGACCAGAUAAAAAUGGAGGAGGGGAAAUUUAUUAUCAAUGAAAAGAGUCUUGAAUGCUCUAUCUGCUUAGAAAAUUGGUUGUCUAGAGAUUCGAGGGCUCUACCUUGUCAACACAUAUUUUGCUUUGAAUGCCUUAUCAAAGCGUCUACAAAGAAUGUUAUUUGCUGUCCUAUUUGUAGAAAGAAUACUUCUUUAACGAAGAAGGGUGUUAUUGGUCUACCUAGGAACUUACUCUCAGAUUCUAUAAAAUGGGUAAGAAAUCUUACCGAAGGGACCAAGGAAAUUUGCGAAAAGCAUAAAAUUCCUUUCAUUCAUCCAAGAAUGAUUUGCAAAACUUGCGAAGUUGAUAGAUUGUGCUCACAUUGUAUAGAUUUUGAGCAUAAUAUGACUAAAUGCAAUAUAUGUUCAUACAAGAAUAUUUAUAGCGAACUUGAACCAAUUAGACAAAUCUAUAAGGACGUUAUACAGCAAUAUAAAGGUAUAGUGACGGAAGAUGGUAAAAAGCUAGAGCAAACUUUUCAAGUAUUCUCAAAUAAAGCUCAGCUCAUUCUCAAAGAGGAGCUAGGAAAGAUUGAAGAUCAAAUUAAAGCCUAUAAUGAUGGGAAGAAAAGCAUGCUUAAUUUACUCGAUAAUUCUUUAACAGGCGUAUUCAUAAAUAGGAAAAAACUAGAAGAAAAACUAGAGAAAUGCUUAAGUGUAAGAUUAGUUUUCUCUGGACCUCCGAAAAUAACUGUAAAUUCAUAUUUAGAGGAAAAAACAGUGGUGAAUAAUGAUCUAAUGGGCUUUUUGACCGAAGUGAAAGCAGAAAUUCAAAAGCCUGGUUUAGAUGAGAAAGGCGUUAUCAAUAAUAUAUUAUCUCUAUAUUAUCUCUCUGAAAAUUUUCUAUUCAAUUAUAAACCCAGCUACGGAUCGGGUCAAUCCGAAAUUAUUAAAAGAAAUAACAAUAAAGUACUAAAAGUCUUCGAUAUUCCUUCAGAUUUUCAUAAGUUUAUUGUAAUUUUUCCAUACAUUUACGUGGUUUACGAAGAUAGAGAAAAAUUAGUCAAAGGAAGACUGACGGAAACAGAGCGAAUUAAAUUUGAAGUUUUAAAAGUAUCUAAAAGGAGAAUUAUCAACAUUUUCUCAGUCGAAUAUAAAGAAGAGAGACAAAGAGUCUUAUUAAUUGAAUCUGAUUGUCUAUAUAGCCACGAACUUAUUCAAAAUGAGCAAACUGUAUGGCGCAGAAAUAGAAUUCACUUACAAUGUGUUAGCGCAUGUUCUAAACCAAAUGGAGAUAUAUUUGUAACAUCUACAAAUCUUUUUGCUAUAAUAGACAAAUCUUCUGGAAUGGUUAAACGUCAAAUUGAAUUUAGCAAAAUAGUUCCACCAAUUGAAGGAGAGAUAUCGCUUGUAUGGUCAAGUGCAAAUCUACUAUUGCUCUGUAGAAGAAAUCAAAGUAAAAUCGAAAUAUACAAUGAGGAUCUUCGGAUUGUUAAAAUUACACCAAUGAAAUUACCUAUUUAUCGUAUAGAUAUGCUAAGUGAAAAUCGUUUCGCAGUGAUACACUCUGAAAAUAUUUCUAAAGCUCGUAUCUAUGAAUUAAGUUAAUUAAUUCAAAAGCUUUUUCAUCUAAACUACUGAAACUCUGAAACUUAUUAUUUUAUAAAUUUAUCAUAUUAAUUAACAUACUACAGUGUAAUAAGG